GGAACUAAUAACUGGCUGUCAAAGCCAAAUGUUAAGUACGGUACUUUAUUCGCUUUGACGCCUGAAAACCUGAAGAUUUGUGGCCUGGGACAAGAAACGAAAAAGGGAAUGGGAAGUCUGUCUGAGCCGUCUGAACCGAAGGAAAAGUGGAUCGGGCGGAUGGGCGCCGGCGACGGGGGUGCAGUACUAUUAAGUGGUUGGGAGGGUGGACUCGGACGGUGAGCAGAAAAAGAGGCCCUUGUUCGAGUUUGCGGCUACGGCUGCGAAGCCUUUCCCUUGUCAGAGCAGCAUCGCGCAGAACGAGAAAAAAUUUAUACGAAAACUACUGGGAAUUGAUAAAUAUCUGUUUGUCCGGCUAGAGUACUGUACUGUAUCUGGUAGACCGGGGUGUUGGUGAGAUUCCGCUUGGGUAAAAGAAUAUUAGGAUGGAGCACGAGCAGGAUCAUAUAUGGGAGUGGGUAAUAUAGAAGCGUGUUAUGGCUACACUAGUAGCGGUGGUAGUAGCGAGAAAGCGGCAAUGGACUCCUGGGUCUUGCAGAUAGCGCAACGACGUGGGUUCGUUAGGUGGAAAUAGGUGGUGGGUAUCUGAAGCUACCAUGAUCAGAGGCAGAGGGCUGGCACUUCGAUCCGGUGGCCUGCAAAUACUCCCAAUCGCACAGUCGAGACAGGCGAAAUUCAAAGCCCGAGAAGCCGGGCUUAUUAGACAUUCAGACACAGUUGUGAGAGCUUUGGAGCUCGAGUUCCUUCAGGAUGUCGGAAUAUCUGACUGGAAAUUUGAAAGGUUUCCAGAUCUGCCGGCAGCCGAAUCCGGAUUCCGGUGGCGAGAGACAGGGAGGCAGAGAAGCGCCUUCGAGGCCGUUGGUUUGGCGGAGGCUGCAUCUGCAGAUCAGUCAAGACCACGCCGUUGUGUCGCUAGCAAAUCUUGAAACAGAGAGGCCAGAUAGUAGUACUCCCAUUGCACAGACACCCUGGGAUGCAAUGUAUUGUUUGUUACAUAGCAAGACAUCCCUCCAUUGACC